CAACUAGCUGCCAAGGAAUGGGUAAAAUAUCAAACUCGCAAUACCAACUCCAGAAAAUUUAUUUCUGUUUUUAAUAAACUUUUGGAUAAUUCAAAUGAAGAAUAUUCAGAAAGUUCAGAUGAUAAAUACUCAGAAAGUUCAGAGGGAGAAUAUUCAGACAUAUUAUAUCUUGGAAUAUCUAAUGUAACAUACUAUCGAAAAUAUGGACCAUCGGUUUCAUUUACGAAAGCAGCUAAAGAAAUGGAAUCUAAUUCUGAUAUUAAUGAUGAUGAGAAGAAUGAGGAUAAGGAGGAUAAGGAGGAUGAGGAUAAAGAGGAUGAGAAAGAUGACUUUACUUUACGAAUGCAAAAACUUGAGAAAGUGCUUAAUCAAAAUAAAAAAACUUUUC